AGAAGCUCUGUGCGAGGGACAAGGGAAACAGAGGAAUACACUUCUGAAGAAAAACAAAGAGGGGAUGGAAUGAAAAAAAGCAUCCUACUGCUGUUGGUUAUCCUGUUUCAUCCAAUUUCUGUUGGAGAAUUCCAUAAGCAAAGAAACAGAGAAAACACAUACAUGUGAUAUAUAUAUAAAAUUCCUAUACAUAUAUAUCAAAUUAUGCCUGUUUUCACAGAAGCUGCUUUUGGGGAAGGACUGUGUUGAGGUCCCUUGCAUAACAAUUGGAAGACUGCUUUAAUGUGCAGCAUUUGGUAAAACUGUUGCAUAUUAAUGCUUUUUGCAAAUGAGCGUGAUAAAAGACCACAAACAACACAAACAGCUUUGCUGCAGUCCCAUUUUUGAAGGCUUCUUGAAAACAGGAUUUUGCAUUGCCUUUUGUUGUCGCCUCUCCAGUUAUCCUGCCCUUGGAACAUGCUGGGGAGUUGAGGCUUGGGUGUGUUGCAUGGACCGCAGUCCACAGGCUCAGUAAUACCUUCCUGUAUUCACAGCAGUAACACGGCAGAAAGCCUGCUCUUUAGUUGUGUCUGAAAGAGGGAGAGGUAAGUGAGGAAGACAGAGGAAAGCAGAGAGCAAGAAACAACAAAAAGCAUCAGAGAGGGAUUAUGGAGUCGUGGUAAAUAAACGAAGACAAGGAAAACAAGGAAGGGACUACAGUAGAGAAGUGGGACACUACGUAGAAAUGUAAUUACACCACAUGUUCGCUCAAAAGUGAGCUUCUCAUAAAUUUAGACUAGGGAGGACUGGACUAGACUCCACAGGCUGGGGGGAUUGUUCAGCACGCUGCCCUUGUCAUUCCCCUAUCCCCUGCUUGGUAGCACUUGUGGGGUUGUAGUUGUCUGGCAGCAGAGCUGUAUUGGUGACCCCAUCCUUUUAGGUUCUCUCUCAGGUGUGGUGUGGAGCCGAUCCGACAGCACCAAGAGAAAUCCACAACAACAGAGAGUGACUGGACCCCCAUCCCUCUAAACCCAUUAAGCCAAACUGACACUGACGGAGCGCUGUCGCCUAUGGAUUUGAAUGUGUGUGUGUGUGUGUGUCUGUGAGAGUGUGUGCAUGUGUGUGUGAGCGUGUGGGAUAAAGGCUGCCUGCCUCAGGUGCUGAGGACUGCUUUUAAAUCUGGACUAAAUCAUCAUUUCAGUUUAGAUCUCGUAGGACAAUAUUGAAGAACUGCAGGCUGUGCUUUCGCUGGAGGCGGUGGAAACAAAAACCCACAUACUUUUUUUUCUGGCAUAAUACAAUAUUGAAGACCAAUUGUAGAAUAGCAUCUAACUGGAAUUGCACAUCUGGAAAGGAAAGGAAUGAGAGCAUCAUGUUGCACUUAGCAAAGGGAUUAAAAAUGUCUACAAGAAAAAUAACAAAGAAUCAAAUGAACAUUCAGGUGGAGACCAGGCAGUUGCUAGAGGCAAGAUAAUCUGAGAGGUGAAUAUCAACAACUAACAUAUUUAUAGAUUAUGACAAGUGGAUUAUCUGGAAGUUCCAGUGCUUUGCCCUUUCCCCCUCUUCAGCAUUGAUUAAUGCUUGGCAGGGCAAUUAUCAAAAUCUGUGUGUCCCUCUCCUAAAUGAAGACGUUUACAGAAAGGAGCUUGGAGCCUUGAGGAAUCUGCUUUCCCGCUGGCGCUGUUGGGAUUCCAAAUCUCUCUGGUUUACGGAUAACAUUUUUCCUAUUGUGGUGAGAUUUCUUUUAAAUGCCACGGGCCAGUUCAUUUCUGGGUGACACCUCCUAAACUGGAGGUGCUCCAGAUUUCAGAUCACAUCUGCUAUAGACAUUUGGCAGAAAAGGGCGGUAUUUUUGCAACGCUGCCAGAACUGUGUGUCUGAGUCUGGGACUGAAUCACUGGGGACUCAUUUGUGAGGAGCAGGUUGAGAUUCGAGGUUAGUUUGUUUCACUUACUUGCUCAUCCCCCUUCUUGAUGGCAAUUUAUGACUUCACACUGAGCCUCCUGUACCUGAGUGUCGUAAUAACUCUCAGCAAGGUAAUUGAAAGCUCUUAUUCUUUCAGGCAGCUGCUAUGAAUAUAGGCUAAUCCAUAAGCUCUCAACUCCUUUUCAAAUCUCUAGUGUAUGAAAUACCGAAAAGGCUAUUUUUCCAUGUCAAUUUUUUUGGGCCAGUAAGAAGCCUGCGUUUCUGAAGUUGGUGUUAAUUGGCCUGCACCAGCUUUGAGACACUUCAGCAACUGAACAGAAGCAGCAUCCACAGGUAUCAAACAUGGCUGCCCAUUCUGUGCUCAUCUGCCUCGCCUUCAGCUUUCUGCUGGGCUUCACUUCACUGGGCCAGAACUCUAGGGAGGCUGGGACCGAUGCCCAGGCCACCAACCAGACGGCAGCCACCUCUAAUUCUCUGGAGGCUACGCUGGCCACUCCGGUAGCGGAGGACCAGACCAUCCCAAUGAUAGGCAGCCGCUGCCGGGGCUACUACGACGUCAUGGGCCAAUGGGACCCACCGUUCAACUGCAACGCUGGCGUCUACCUGUUCUGCUGCGGCUCCUGCUUUUACCGCUUCUGCUGCCAGUUUAAGGUGCACAGCCUGGAGCAGGAGUCCUGCUCCAACUACGACACGCCCGUCUGGGCCAACACCGGCAAGCCGGCAGCCCCCGUCACUGAGGUGCAGGAGGAGCCCGACCGAGACCGCACCCAUAUGAUCGUCUACAUCAUCUGUGGCGUGGUGGCCAUCAUGGUGCUGGUGGGCAUCUUCACCAAGCUGGGCCUGGAGAAGAGCAGAGGUGGCCAGACAGACAUGACCAACUCUAGGGCCUUGACAGAGUUGUUGAAGCAGCCCGGAGAGGUGGGCGGAGUGGGCGGGGCCGGGGGUCACCACCCCAUAGGGACCAAUGGGAUCUCUGGCAGGUCACUGCGCAGCAACAAUGAUCACAACCACCUGAAUAACGCUGCCCUCUCACCCCUGGGUCCAGCGAUGGCGCUCUCCCACCCUCACAACAACCUUGGUCUGGGCUUUAACAAGUGCGCCUCCCUCAAGGCUGUGGCAGAUACGGCAGCAAGAGACUACUACAAGGGCUACCCGAUGGUGGACUACUCCCGCCACCACUCCUCGCCCCCCACCUUCCAGCCCAUCGCCUUUCACAAGGACAAGCCCUUCCUGCCCCCUCCAGACAUCCACGCCCCACUGGCCAUAACCAUCACCGCCGCCCAGCUCCCCAAGCCCAAGGUCUCCAAGACUAACACCCACCCGCUUACCUCCAGCUCAGCCUUCAAAGUCUGGGACCCUAGUAAGGGCCAUGUCCAGCAUCCAACGGCCUCCCACAUCGGACAGGCACACCGCCGGCAGGCCUACUCCAACAAGCGGCAGUUCAGCAUUGAGACACUCCCGGAACUCUUCUCCCAGCCCCUGGGCUAUGGACAGUCUCCCCACAUGCACCCCAAAAACAAAGGGCUGCCCACCAACAGCAAGACAGAGGUUACAGUCUGAGCAUGAACGUUUGGAGAGUAGGAAAGCAAGAAAAGAGUCAAUAGGACUGGGAGUAAGGCCUGGGAGCGAGAGCUUUUUGUACGAAUCAAUGUCGUGUUGAUGGCUGGGGGGGAUGAACAGGGACAGGCAAUCUUCUAUUGCUAUUUUAAUUGCAGGUUUUCUAUGUUAUUGAUAAUGUAACACCCAAAACGGAAGGUAACGAUCACAUGAAGUGACUCGCUCUCUCUAAACCUGGUUCCUUUAAAUUCCCUCUCUGUCCCAGCGUCCUCCCUGUUUUGUUUUGGUCAAUCUCCUCUUUGCUCCCCCUGGCACCACUACUCUACAAAUCCCUACCCCCCACACACUUACACACUCUCCUACUGUUUGCAGCCUGUCAGAGUGGUACACAUGAAUAAAGCACCUCCAGGACCCUGAACAACAGCAGUGACAAUGCCAUUGUCUUGUCAGCUCCCAUCACCCUCCAUCCAGAACAGAGUGAGAUACCAUUCUGGCAAAUGUGUACCAGCGAGAGAGAGAGAGAGAGAGAGAGAGAGAGAGAGAGAGAGAGAGAGAGAGAGAGAGAGAGAGAGGAGGGGCUUGUUUAUUCAUCCUGAAGCAUAAGGGAUGAGGAACUAAGCCGGACAGAGGUUUGGUGCGGCAAGCACCUCCUGUUCGUCACCUGCUGGAGAAGAGCCCUGAAGCUUCAGGCCCCCUGGUCGUCAAAACUGGGGAAUCUCACACAGUGGUUGUGUCUGGAGACGCCCUGGGGCGUCCACGUCUCUCAGCGUUGUGUUGUUUGCUGUUGUCUUAAUCGGUGACGCAUGCAUCGGAAAGGGCAAACGGCACAGGUAUCAGCAAGGUCACCACAGUCGUGUUGAAUGGAACCGUCUGUGUUAGUGAAGCUUCAGCAGAGGCCCGAUGCAAAUCGCAAGGGACAAUAGGCGCCUGCAAGAGGGCAGGACAGGUCACCGUGUCUGUCCUGGGUAAUAUGGUGCCAAAGGCAAUACAAGGGUGGAAAGUUGUAGUUGUGAAGUAAAGGUCAUUGCUUUUUUAUUUUAUCUUAGCUUUGGCUUGCUGUUGAAGAAUUUAUCCAAACAUGAAUGUCAGGAAGGAAGGAAAAUUAUACAGAGUAUUUUAUUAAAGUAUGUCUUCCAGACUGGCAGCAAUUCAUGUGAUGCAUGCAUAUAUUAUUGUAAUUUUAAAAUAGGCUUUAAUAUGAUCAUUUUGUUGAAUGCAGGUGUAUGGUUCAUCUGUAUGUAUAAUGAGUCACUGUAAAUGCAGCUGGGUUGAAGCUAGUGGCUAAACAUAGACAUUACAGUAAGUCUUUCCCAACCACAAGGAUUAUUUCCAGCUACAGGAGAGCAAGCAACUCCUCUUGGCUCGUUAUCAUUUUACACUUGACCGCAAGGUACAAUAUUUGCAUGGAAAUCUGAUACGUCUAAGUUCACACAAGCGCCGUCCUUCACCGUACGUUUCAGUGGACUCUCCUGCAAUUUAGCCCAAGCCUCAAGCUUAAUUUAUUAUCAUAAGUAAACAGGUUACGCCGCAGUGCAUACCUACGCCCAGGGUAUUCCAGACAGGUGGAACCGUAUCAACGGAUGGCAGCCAGUCAGUCGUGUUUACUAGAGUCAUUCACCAUUUGCUGCUACUGUUGCUCCUCCCCACCAACCAGCUUCCAGCCUGUCCCUGAGCUCCACCAGACCCCCUUUCCCUCUGCUCUUCCUUUCCCCAGUGGGCUUGACUUAUGGUGGGAGCCUCCAGCAUCCAACACCUGCAUGGUCUUCCAAGCUGUUCCCAGCCAGGGGACACCAUGCCUCCUCACGGGGGGUGCAGCCAUAACUAAUGAUACCCAAUCGCCAGCAUGGCAGGCCCUCACACACUCUCACGCACUAGGCAUGCAUGGAGUGGAGCAGAGCUUUCACAGUGUUAAAUGAUUUGGAGAUUCAUUCGGCUGCUAUUGUUGAGCCAUUCUGUGUUACAGACAGACACCAAGUGGUUUCACUGUCGCCUAUGCAGCAGCAUGAUAUGGAAUAUAGGACAUUUUAAUUGAUUUAAACUACGUGCAGCCGAUGGAGUCAUUCGUGUUGGAAUUGGAGACUAUUGUGGGUUAAUGCUUAUGUUACAUUUCAUUGUGGAUUUGAAUGAUCUGUUCACGGUUCAUACUUCAGGAUUUCUAAAGCUGUUAUGUAAUCUACACAAGACCCACUUGGAGUUGUUGUUGUUUUUAUGAUAUGGUUGAAUAAAAGUAAAUCAGAAAUAGAGAAGUGUUGGGAAAUGCACAGUACAUGUAUAAAUAUGCAUCAUGCACAUCUGCACUCAUAGCUGCCGUAUGCAGCAUGCACGGUCACCAUUUAGCUUUCUCCAACUUCAAUUCAUAAAAGUGGGGGUGGGGUUUAGACACAAUGAUUCUUAGCUUAACAGCCCAGCCAUAUAAAGCAUUCUAUGGAGUCUCUCCUUUAUCGUUCAGGAUGCAUUACUGGUUGUGAACAAGCAAUGGAUGUGUGCAAGUAACAAGCAAUAUGUUCUGUCUGCAAAGCAAUAAGUACCCAUCUAUCUGCAAACCCUCUCUCUGGAGUCUGACUUUGGACCAUUCCGGAGUCCUUUAAAUGUGGGGAGCUGAGGUGGAAGCAGAGCUACAUAGACCAAGAUUUUUCAGGCUCUUCUGAAAGGUAUUUUGGACUAUUUUCUCAGAAACCAGACCACAGAGCUUUUCACAGAGCUUAUUUUAAUUUUCUCUUCUCUCUCCUCGUGCGCUUCUCCGGCAGAGGAAGUUGCAUUAGCGAAUCAGAACUCUGAGAACCCUUUCCACUCAGAAAAAAAAGCUUGAUUAGCUCUCCAUGACCUUUUACUAUUGGACGGAUUCAAAUGUUAUUUUACAGCCACAAUUCCAGCAAGGCCAUACUAAAGGAAACACAAACCUACAAGCAGUUAUCAGGGCUGGCCUGCAAGAGUGGACACCUCUGAAACCUCAGCUGAGCUCUACAGGCUGCAGACACUAGGAUAGUGUUGCUAACGCUAGCUGAACGAUGCUGACGUUGUGACACAUGGAUCCUUCAGGCUCCAGGGAGUCUCCAUGAGGAGGGUGAGUCUCUGUGAGGCCUCAAGGACAAACACAGCCUGGGGCCAAGCUGACAGCUAGCGAGGCACCAGGAUGUCGCCAGGCUAGCGCCUUGGCUUGCCUCCUAUAGUAGAACGAAGCACUGUAAUUGGCUGAGAUUCCACCUUAAUGUCCCUCUUCUUCCCAUCCUAGUGCUGAGAGAAUGUUGACCCGCAGGUAUAUCUGACUCACGGGAGACAAACACUGCUGACUGUUCGAAAUAGUGACACCCUCCGUGAGUAUCAUUUACCCGGUGAAGGGCCUUUUUGGCCCACAGGUAUGCCAGAGUCUUUUUGCCGCAGGCCUCCUCCGUACAGUGAAUCCUACACCAAUACUGUCACAGUAAACCCGCUGGUUUUGGAUUGCCUCAGUCUGUGUUGGACAGUCAAAAGUGAAUUAAAGCUGUCGAAGGCUUACUGGCCCAAAGUUUUGCCUCAGUUUCUCAACACUGGACGAGGAGCAGGACAGAGGAGCCAUGUAUAUCUCACAGUCGUCCAUUUUGUGGUUUUAGGUGCUGGACCAAAAUAAUUCUUAUCAGGAGAAAUUGAGUACACGUAACUGAUAGCACACAGUGGGAAUGUCAGACUGUGGACCAUCAGCUUAGUGUGCAUACUCAAUCUCUAUGAUUACACUGUAUAUACGGCACCCUAAAAGAGCUGAAUGACUGUUCUUUGUAAAACUUCCUUAAACGCAACUAUUCUACAACAGGUUAUCUGAAUGCAACCUGGUAGACAUACUUGGGUUUCAUCCGUAGCAAUAUAUUGUGUAUGAUUUUUUUGUACUGUAUUUGGAUUGGAAGUUCUUUCAAAAAAGUAGCGUUUGACUGACGAGAGAUGAAGUGCUUUCAGAUUCAAAACUGGCCACGCACAGAAAACGUCCUGUGUUUGAAGCUUGUGCUUUUUCGGAUACUAUGUAUGGUACAUACACUCAUGUAUUCAUGUCAAAAAUGCAUUGUAUUCAAGUGCUUUGGCAACACAUUAGUUACCAAUGACGAUUGAAGAUUUGUGAUUCCUGUGCAACUUAUAUCUGCAAAUCAUGUGUUGUUCCAUACUUUUGGUAGUAGACUACCUUUGAUUGUUACGUACUUGUGUAUAUAUAUUGUACCACUUGUCUUCUGUAAAAAUGGUGAAAUACUUGUUUUAUAUAAGGGCUUUUUAUAGACUUAAACAAGAAAAACACAUCUUUCUCUCGUUUUGCGUUGAGUGGAGAGCUACCAGUGUUUGGGUCACCCAGAUUGCGGUGACCAAAUUAAUUUGUUCUGACAUCUCCGAUUUGGCCGAAUCUGUUUCUUUGGGUUGUUAGCUAGCAGAAGUGUUUCAAACCCCUGGUGUAUGUGAAGUUAUCUGACAACAUGCGAGGCUAAGGAGGGGAGGUCUACUCCUCGUUCUAUCAGCUAAAAGUCCCCCCUUCUCCACUCUGUAAAGCAGGGCAAAUACUGGUACUAUUUUUAAUCUCAACCUUACGAGGGGGCCCAGUAUCAGCAAGAUUUCUUUACCAUUAAGCCGCCAUACCCACCUCUUCCCCAGCACCAUGAAACAGUAUCCGUGGGUGCGUAAACUCUAAGACAACAAGGAAGAAACCAUAGGGAGGAUUUUAAUUGACGUCCUUAACCAAGCAUCUAUCAAGUACCUUUGCAAUGCCUGUAGACUUGGUCAAGAAAAUAGCCCAAUUAUAAAUGUAAAAUUGGAUGGUUUUAAAUGAAAUUGUCAUCUAAAUUGAUUUAUAUUCAAGGUCCAUGGCUUUUAAAUGAAUCCCAAAAUUGGUUUGGACACCUCUUAAUAUGCCCAGGCUGUCUAGAUAGAAUGGAGAUACAAGGUAAUUAAGGUGCUGGAACUUUGCAUGUUUUGACCAGAAAUUAUAUUCAUUUAGCUGACGGGCCUGUACUAAUUAUACUGCCUGACAUCUAAAAAUAAACCUUGUUGUUGCAGGUGUUCUUAUGUUCUCUGUUUACAUGUGGUUUUGAUUAUGCAGUUCUUUAUUCAUAGUUAAAGGCCACGAGAAAUAGAGCUAAAAAUGUAUAUUUAAUGUCUAGAAAAAUGUGUUGGCCAAAUGAUGUGAAUACAUGUGUACACACAAACACACAUGCACUCAGUACAGUACACACUGACACAGUAAAUACAAUUCCAGAAGAACAGGCAAGACAAAUGAAAAGCAUAUUGUAUGUUAAUUUGGAGGCUAUCAUUCACAUUGUAUAAGGAAGACAGGCACUGUCAACAGAAGAAAAAAAAUGUCCAACCCUUUGGUCUGCUGGGCAUGUUCUCCAUGAGUUCAGCAUUUAUCUGGGCAUCCCUUUCUCCUAGUGCCCUGCAUUUGUUUUGUUCUGCCACCCCAUCCCAAACGGAGACCCAGGCCAGCUGUCACUGAUGUUUCACUUCAUUUAUAUGUCUCCAGGGUCUGGACUGACUCCAGAGAGCAAAGAGCCAAACGCCACAAACCACAUCCCUCUCUUGCUCUCUCCCUCUCUCAUCCUCCCAC